AUGACUGCCAGGGACGAAGAGGAGUCUGCUAGGCUCGAUCCGACCCUGCCGACGGUCGAAAAGCCCCAGCCAGAGGAGCGAACAGGCCUACUACAUCCAGUGUUCUUCAUCCUCGCCUGGAUAGCCCUUAGCUCCGGCUUGAUCUUAUUCAACAAGCAAAUUCUUGGCCAUACUAGCUUUUCUUUCCCUAUUUUCCUGACGACAUGGCAUCUCACCUUUGCGACCAUCAUGACCCAGAUUUUGGCGCGCUUCACCGGCCUUCUUGACGGUCGUCGCAAGGUCAAGAUGACCGGCCGUUUGUACCUACGCGCCAUCGUUCCUAUUGGAGUAUUCUUUAGUUUGAGCUUGAUCUGCGGCAACGUCACAUAUCUCUACUUGAGUGUGCCGUUUAUUCAAAUGCUCAAGGCCACUACCCCCGUCGUCAUCCUCCUGCUUUCGUGGGCAUUCCACCUCGAGCCCGUUAACCUGAGACAGUUCGCCAACGUGUGCAUUAUCGUCCUCGGUGUUAUGAUUUCGUGCUUCGGCGAAGUCGACUUUGUCCUCAUCGGCGUUCUCUACCAAAUCGGCGGCAUCGUUUUCGAGGCAGUUCGAUUAGUGAUGGUCCAGCGUCUGUUGUCAUCCGAUGAAUUCAACAUGGACCCUUUGGUCUCGCUGUACUAUUUCGCUCCCGUUUGCGCUCUCAUGAACGGUGCCGUCGCCAUGGCAGUGGAACUUCCAAGGUUGAAACUCGACGAUAUCUGGAAUGUCGGCGUCGGGGUUCUGCUCGCCAAUGCCACUGUCGCCUUCCUACUGAACAUUUCCGUUGUCUUUCUCAUUAGCAGGACUUCGUCCUUAAUGAUGCGUCUCUGUGGUAUCCUCAAGGACAUCCUCAUUGUCAUAUCAUCGAUGAUCCUCUGGCACAGCCCCGUCACGUCCAUGCAGGCUGGCGGUUACGGCAUCUCCCUUCUCGGGCUAGUAUAUUACAUGCUCGGAUAUGAUCGCGUCGUCGGAUAUGCCUCACGGGCAGGAGGCGUCAUAAACGCUUAUCAUGCGAAGAAUCGAGUGCGGUCUGUGGCAGUACUCAUCAUGUCUGUCUUCGCGAUCGUCCUUGUGAUCACUGCAGUGCUGGCUGUGAAUUACGCGCCCGAAAGGAUCGAUCAAUUGAAAAGCUGGAUUUAUUACACGACUACUGGAGACGAUACCUCUUGA